AUGGCCGAGGACGCUGGCCAGGGGAUGCCAGUAUGUGUGGCAUCCACAAAGCUGCUUCGUGGUAGAGAGACACUGCCGGAAGAACCAUUACGUUUCUCUCCAGUUUCUUUGUCAACACCGGCACAGCUCCAGUCCAAACAAACUUCAGAUGACACGUCCAUCGAUGAACAUACGGACUUGACCUGGUUCAAAGGCGCAGAAUGGACCCCAGAUGGAACCACGUUGCUGACAGACUCAGCGGAUCAUUCGAUCAGAACGUGGAUCUUACCACCAGAUCUGUUGGAUAACCAGAAGCCCGCUCACAGGCUAUCACCAUAUUCAACGCUACCAUCAGCAGAGCCUACAUAUGCAACCGCAGUUUAUCCGUUCUACGAUCUCCAGGAUCCUUCUACGACAUUGUUCCUCUCUUCUGUCCGUGACCAUCCUAUCCGGCUAUCAUCAGCUCUGGCUCCAGUUUCAAUGGCAAGCUAUUCCCUCGUGAACCCAAUGACAGAGGCAUUCAUUACUCCGCACUCAAUGAUCUACCCCUCAACACUAGGCGGCACACAUUUCCUUACUGGCUCAGACAGUCUAAUUUGCCUCUUCGACGUAUCCAGGCCAGGAACGCAAGGACCUAUAUCCUCGAUGCCGACAAUUCCCAGCAAACGCAAGCAGAUUGUUGGUGGUGGCAUCGGCAUGAAGGGUAUUGUGUCAGCCCUAGCAGUGAGCCCUACUGGCGACGGAAUUCUCGCCGCAGGUACUUUCACCAGACACGUUGGACUCUACAACUCCAAUGGCUCUGGCGAGUCCCUUGGAACUUUCAGUAUCGCGAAAACUGCUGCAAAUCGUGACAUUGGUGGCCGCGGCAUCACUCAACUUGCCUGGAGUCCUUGUGGCAGGUAUCUGUACAUCGCCGAGCGAAGAAGUGACGGCAUCUUGGUUUACGAUGUGCGUGUCACGGGGCAGAUGCUUGGACACCUGCGCGGGCGCAAGGCUCUUACAAAUCAACGAAUGAAGAUUGAGGUGGUACCUUCUGGCCCAGAUGGAUCUCAUGAGGUUUGGGCUGGAGGCACAGAUGGGUUCAUGCGAGUUUGGAAAAGCCCAGAGUUCUCCGCAGGGGGGCAGGAUCCGGAUGCAGAGUUCAAAGUUCAUGAUGGUAAGAACCUUGUUGAUGUUCACGAAUUUUCGAUGCUGAUAAAUGCAGAUGUUGUGACUAGUGCAAUCUUUCACCCCAUGGGAAAUGUCGCUGCAACCUGCUCUGGGCAACGACAUUAUCAUCUGGAUGAUUCUUCUGACGAGGACGACGAUGAUACGGAGAGCAAUGGUAGAGAUAUUGAUAACAGUCUCAAGGUCUGGUCAAUGCCCUUCCUGCGUUCAGACCCCGAAGCAGUCCUUGGCUCGGAACUUAUUGGUUGA